AUGUCUUUCUCAACGCAUCGUACUAUUCCACCCCCACCUCAGAAACAAGGCGAGAAGAGCACCACGUUCCGAUCGCCGCCCAUCGAUGGAUCGUUUACCUUGCAACAGAUGUAUGACUGGCAUCUGGUUAACUCUGUCAAUCACCGUAUCUUCAUCUAUGCGCGCGACGAUGGGAGUAUUAGGACGAUAUGCUGGCCUGAGGCAAUUGCGGCCAUUUAUACUGGUGCUCGUCUAAUGAAAUGCCGCAUUCCUGUGAGGCACAAGCCUCCGGUAGUAGCUAUCUUGUCGAUGUCCGAUACGAUCACCUACUUCACCACUAUGAUGAGUCUGCUACGUGCAAACUUUAUCUUUUUUCCUAUAUCCCCCCGCAAUUCAGCACUUGCUGUUGCCCAUCUCCUUCACAAGGUUGGAGUACAACACGUUCUGGUCGGUAGAGAUGUGUCCAUGCAGGAUCUCGCUCGGGCUUCGCUCAAUAUUUUGAAGUCUCAAUACUCGUAUUCGUCAGAUGACCUUCCAGAUCUCUCUCCUGUUCCCGUCUUCGAGGAACUCUUCCUACAUCAUUGGCGAGAGUGUUCUACGGCAUAUCCGAAGCCGAUUCCUUGGAGUGGACAUCGCGUAGUGCAGCUGUGUCUCAUACCCUGGUUCGGUGGCAGAGACCUCUGUAAUGUUGUUUUCUCUUUGCAUGUCAUGCCAAUGUAUCACGGAAUGGGGGUCUUGCAGCUGUUCUGGACGGCUUCGUCCGGAUUGGUAGUGAGCGCUUUCGAGCCAAAGUCUCCCGCCCUGCUUCCCACGCCAGAUAACCUGUUCGUGUCAGCGCGAGCAGCACAGAGUGAUGUUAUUUUUUGCGUGCCGUCCUUCAUCGAGGUGAAUUGCUGCGUCGUGCUCUAUCAUCCAUACCUCAUGAUACAAUGCUCAGGCCUGGUCCCGACGCCCCGAAUAUCUCAAGUAGGUUACGAUUGGGACUACUUUAAAUUUCCCCAGUUAGUGACACCGGAGAUGGUGCCCAGUGGAAAUGAUUCAUAUGAACUCGUCAUGGUGGAAAACGAAUUCUUCAAACCCAGUGUUAUAAAUACCAAGGUCGAUGGGAAGGACGCGUAUGCAACUUCGGAUCUCUUCAUUCCUCAUCCGACGAAGGCUGGAUUUUGGAAAAUAUUUGGUCGCACCGACGAUCAAAUCAUGCAUAACACAGGAGAGAAGAAUAUGCUCAAUCAGGACCCUCAUGUCAUGGCUUCAGUCUUUUUCGGCCGGGGAAUGUUCCAGGCGGGCGUCCUCAUUGAACCCAAGACUCAGUUCGCCUUCGAUCCUGAGGACGAGAGCAAGCUCGCUGAAUUCAGAAAUAAGAUAUGGCUCACAGUGGAGAGGAUCAAUAGGUUUGCGCCACAGCAUUCUCGUUUGUUCAAAGAGAUGAUUCUCGUGGCCAAGCCCAGAAAGCCGUUCACGUACACCGCUAAAAAUACUGCACGACGACAAGCGAUAUUAGAUGACUACAGCGAAGAAAUUACAGCGGUGUACAAAACCGUGGAAGAAAGUACCCAAGCCAACAUUCCCCCGCCUUUGGAGUGGGACGACAUAUCUACAAAGGAGUUCGUUCGUACUGUCGUCUUUCAAGUUCUUUCCCAUUCUAUUUCUGAAGAUGAUGAUCUAUUCCAACAUGGCUGCGACAGGCUAGCAACAUGGAUCCGAAAUACUCUGCUUCGUGCGUUGCGUGACACGGCCGAAUUUGAUACGCGUCGAACGACAGACAAUUUCGUAUAUUCUCACCCAAGCAUCUCUCAGCUGGCGACGUUCUUGCAUUCGAUCGCUCAAGGAACCCACGUAUCCAGUGUUAGUUUAGGUUCUAGGGUGGAUGACAUGCGCACCAUGGUGUCAAAGUAUUCAAAGGACUUCCUGGUCACGUCAGAGAAGCAGCCUGACCCCCUAAUCCUGGAAACUGGGAAAGUCAUACUUCUAACAGGAACAACUGGAGCGCUUGGGUGUCACAUCUUAGCGAGCCUCGUUUUGGACCAGACUGUCGGGCACAUAUACGCUGUGAACAGACCGGGAAAGAUAUCUCGAGCCUUAAUCAACCACGGGAUAGAUAUCAACAUGGAAAAGGUUACCAUGUUAGAGGUUGAUCUGUCGUCCAAAUCCCAAGUUUUCCCCCACGAGGUCAGAAGCUCCGUAACGCAUAUUAUCCACAAUGCGUGGCGCGUAGAUUUCAAUCUAGGAUUAUCUUCAUUCGAAUCUAACAUUCGAGGCCUGCGUAACUUGAUCGAAGUAGCCCUGGCCUCGCAAGCCCGACUCAUUUACACAAGCUCUAUUGGUGUUUUCCAGAACGCCGGAGAAGAUCACCCACUGGCUGAAACCCAUGUUGAUCCUUACAUCGCGCAGGGAACGGGUUACAGCGAGUCCAAAUGGGUUUCGGAGGAAUUGUUACGCCUAGUCCCGGGUUUACGUUACCUUAUCGUUCGCGUCGGCCAACUCGCAGGUGGACCCAAGGGAACAUGGAACCCGAAAGAAUGGGUUCCGUCCAUGAUCCAAAGCUCCACGGUGCUUGGCUUUCUGCCGGACGAUGAACAGCUUAUCUCAUGGCUUCCGGUGCACGUAGCGGCUCAGACCAUCACAAACAAUAUCGAUGUCUCUUCCCCUAUCAUGCAUCUAGUUCAUCCAAACCCUGUCCCGUGGGCUAUUAUCGCUCGCAUCAUUUCGCGCGAGCUGAAUGUGAACCUGGUGUCUUACACGCAUUGGCUAGAGGCCUUGGAAAACCUGGCUCUUGAAUCGACAUCGUUGCCAGCAACACGUCUACUUCCACACUACAGGCGCAGUGCACAGGCGCUCGGAUGGAAAAACCGGGAGGCAUUCGGGCUACCUCAUCUCGUACCGGGUUCAUACAAGGGGAAAGAUACACCGCCAUUUGACGAGGAUGAAGUUGGGAACUGGUUACGGUACUGGCGUGGUGAAAACAUGUUCUAG